AUGAUGGAUAUGUUCAAGGACAGAUUGGUCCAUUUCAUGAAAGAUAUGAAUUUUGAUAAUAUUUUACAACAUUUAAAUGUCCCUGAUAUAACUGGUUUAACAACAACACAAGAAAAUCAAUUAAUCGAAAUAUCCAGUAAUUCUAAUUUAAAAAGAGUUUUCAAAGAAUCUUCUUUGUCUUCUUUUUGGUUGAGUAUAAGACAAGACUAUCCAGAAAUAUCGGACUCAGCAAUAAGGCCAUUGAUGCUUUUUUCAACAACUUAUCUCUGUGAAAAAGGAUUUUCAGCUAAUGUGUACACAAAAAAUAAAUAUAGAAAUCGAUUAAAUAUAGAAUCAGAUUUACGUAUUCAACUUUCUAAUAUAGAUCCUAAAAUACCAGAUUUAGUAUUAAAGAAACAACACCAUCCAUCACAUUAA